CAACUGCCUUAAAUGCUGCAUCGUUGAGAAUUGAAAUACGCAAUAAUCAUUGAAACAUUCAAUCAGUUUCACACACACACACACACACACACAAUGGAGAAAUCCGGCUAUGGCCGCGACGGCGUGUUUCGAUCACUGCGCCCGCCGCUAUCCCUCCCCGCAAACCCCGACCUCUCCAUGGUCUCCUUCCUCUUCAGAAACGCUUCCUCCUUCGCCGACAAACGCGCCCUAAUCGACGCUCACACCGCCCAAACCCUCACCUUCUCGCAAUUCAAAUCCACGGUCUCCAGAGUCGCCCACGGCUUCCUCCAGCUCGGCAUCAAGAAAAACGACGUCGUCCUCAUUUUCUCCCCCAAUUCCAUCCAGUUCCCCAUCUGCUUCUUCGCGAUUAUCGCCAUCGGCGCCGUCGCCACCACCGUCAACCCCGCCUACACCGCCGGCGAGGUCUCCAAGCAGCUCAAGGACUCCCUGGCCAAGCUGAUUGUCACCGUCGACGAAUUGCUGCCCAAGGUCAAAGAUUUCGGCCUCCCCGUCGUCCUCCUCGGCGAUUCCGGCAAACCCCUCUCGCCGAUUGGGAAAAUCCCUAAAAUCACUCCGUUCUCGAAUCUCGCCGAAAAUGAGGGAUCCGUCGAUUUGGACGGCAAUUCAUUCGGAAUCAAGCAGGACGACACAGCUGCGCUGCUCUACUCUUCGGGGACGACCGGCGCGAGCAAGGGCGUCAUUCUCACGCACCGGAACUUCAUCGCCUCGUCGCAGAUGAUCACCGCCGAUCAGGAAAUGGCCGGGGAGGUCAAUUGCGCGUUUCUGUGCGUGCUGCCGAUGUUCCACGUGUUUGGCCUUGCGGUGAUCAUGUUCUCGCAGCUGCAGCGCGGGAGUGCUAUUGUUUCGAUGUCGAAAUUCGAUUUCGAGAUGAUCUUGAGGACGGUGGAUAAGUAUGGAGUGACGCAUCUGUGGGUGGUGCCGCCGAUCAUACUGGCAUUGGCCAAGAACAGUAUGGUGAAGAAGUACAAUUUGUCGACGUUGAAGCAGGUUGGAUCGGGGGCUGCUCCUCUCGGGAAGGAGCUUAUGCAGGAAUGUGCCAAGAACUUCCCUCAGGCUGUUGUUAUGCAAGGGUACGGAAUGACAGAAACGUGCGGAAUUGUUUCUGUCGAGAAUGCCUAUGCAGGGCCUCGACAUUCUGGUUCUGCUGGCCAGCUUGUUCCCGGAGUGGAGUGUCAAAUAGUUAGUGUUGAAACAUUGAAGCCUCUUCCGCCUACCCAGUUGGGGGAGAUUUGGGUGCGAGGACCAAAUAUGAUGCAAGGUUAUUUCAGGAAUCCACAAGCCACGAAGCUUACGAUAGAUAAACAGGGUUGGGUGCAUACAGGAGAUCUUGGAUACUUCGAUGAGGAUGGCCAGUUAUAUGUUGUUGACCGAAUUAAGGAGCUCAUCAAGUAUAAGGGCUUUCAGGUUGCUCCAGCAGAGCUCGAAGGGCUGCUCGUCUCCCAUCCCGAGAUAUCAGAUGCUGUGGUCAUCCCAUAUCCCGAUGCAGAAGCUGGUGAAGUCCCGGCUGCUUAUGUUGUCCGGGCCCCUAACAGCUCACUGUCCGAAGAAGAUAUCAAGAAAUUUAUCGCCGAGCAGGUUGCACCUUUCAAAAGAUUGAGGAGAGUUACGUUCAUCAACACCGUCCCAAAAUCGGCUUCAGGGAAAAUACUGCGGCGAGAACUGAUCGAUCAAGUCCGAUCAAAGCUGUAAUCUCUUUCACCAUAUAUAUUUCUCCUUCGUCUCGUCUCGGUCUCGUCUCCUAUUUUGUUGUACCACAUAUCAGAUUGGAAGAAUCAUGUAUUGUGUCACAAUUUAUUUGGUAAUGUGAAAUAGAGUAUAUGUAUAAUGUAUUCUAAACCUUUUGGGCCUAUAUGAUGUUUGAUUGAUCAAAA